UGGCGAUUGGUUCGUGAGCGGAUGCCAAUUCGAACAAAUUCUGCUUCAUGCCAGUUUGAUCCUACAAUCCUCUCCAAUUAGUAUAUAUAAAUAAUAUAUUGAUUGACAAUGAUUAAAAUAUAAAUAUAGAUACAAUCAUUGUAAUAAUUGGCUUUCUUCUUUUUCUCUGAGAGGGUGACACAGUGACACGUCCGGUCGACUUCACAGAAACAUGUAAACUCCUCAUUCCCUUGAAUCCGCCGCCGCGCCUUCCUUCCGCCGUUUUCGGCUCCUCCCGGAGGAGUCGGUCGUUGUUCGGUCGCCGCGGUGUGGCGAAAAAGCCUUGGUUUCGGAACACCGGACGACCGGGGAAGAUCGGAAGAUGGCAUAUCCCACCUUGCUGCGCUCAGAUUGGGAGGAGCUUCUACCCGAAGACCGGCUUUGCACAAGCCCUCGACCUGCUGCCCAUGAAGGUGCCGCUUCCUUUGUCAAUGUCUUCCAAGGUCUUUGGGGAGUCGCUUGUGCAGGCGCUGACUCCUCGUUCGCCCCUGCCGCUGCCGAAGUGCCUGGUGAACAACCAAGUACAGCGUCCCGCGAAUGCCAAGACCGCAGUGAAACGAUCCACGUGCAAGAUCCUUUUUCCGGGAUUUGAUCUCGAGCAGCACGAGGACUUCGAACUGGUGCCACGGAUCAUCGGACGGAAUGGGUGCAACGUGCGAUGGAUUGCCAGCAGCACUUGCAAAGUGCGUGUUCGUGGUCGUGGCAGCGGCCAUUUGGAGCUUGAGAAUGGACAGUACAAGGAGGCGGACGCUCCGCUUCAGAUUUCAUUGAGCUGUGCCUCUUCAAAAGAGCUGGAGAGCACAGUGGAGAAGGUGUUGAAGCUUAUGCAGGUCAUCGAAUCCCAUUUCGUCCGAUAUUGUCACAGCAAGGGUCUACGUUCUGGCAAGCUAUACACGCUUGUACGACCUGAGCCUUUGAAAGCAUGUAGAUCUUUCCGCAAUUGAAAGAUCACUAUUGGCCUAUCGCAGUGGCUGCAAAACUUCGGAGUGGCCUUGCUUUUUGCCUGUUUCCCGCACCGAAGCCGAUAACAGAUUGCAGGUACCUGCUUUUGGUCAAUGCUGCCUCAAUUUGUUCGAUGAAACCGUCUGCCCGGCGGGAAUUUAUGCAGUUCAAACUUCGUCGUCCGAAGUCGACGGCAGAGGUGGGAGCAACUGCACUCUGGCAUGCCAAAUAUAUAAGAGCCCAACGGUUGGGGAAGGCUCCAAAAGUUUCAAAAUGAAGGUG